GGGUCAGGUUUCUCAGGUGGAUCGUGGUGGUCUGAUGGUUUCUGUCCGGUUCUGGUCUCUCGGAGGUACUCGCAGGUCUCACACCCUGUGUGGACCGGUACCUGCAGGUCCGGUGGUUCGGCUCAUGUGAAACUCACCAUCCAACAGGAGACAUGAGAGCCAGGAGCCCGGUGCUGUCAGCGGGCAGGAGGAGGAGGAGCAGCGGCGCUCCGGGCUCCAGCAGCCGGAGCCGGAGCAACAAGAGCCCGGAGGAAUAUCCGGUCCCGGCUCUCCUGCUGCAGGACAUGAGCCUGUGUUACCGGCUGCUGCGGCAGCUGGUUCCGGGUCUGCCGCCCGGACGGGCCGCCAGCAGGGUGGAGAUCCUACAGCACGUCAUCGACUACAUCCUGGACCUGCAGACCGAGCUGGACGCCUCCUGCCCGGCCGGAGACCGAGGAGAGGAGCGGGGGCAGCCGCUCCGCUGUGACCCGCUACAGCAGCUCCAACAGCGGCCACAGAGCGGCCGGAGCCCCGCUGACAGGACCCACACCUGCCAGUCCAGUGAUUCUCCCAGAAAAUAUCCAGAGGUCGUGGAGGACCAGACACUGCUGCACUGACGUGUCGACAGGAAGUAGAUCCAGACGUGGAUCCGUUCAAACCAUCUUCUGUUUUUAUUUGACACGAUGGGAAGAUUCUGGUUUUCAUCAGGAUCCUGACUCUGUCUCUGCAGGACUCCUCUGAGAAUCUGCAGGGGUUUUUUUUCACUGAAUUAAGAUCGACUGACGACCUGAUGGAGUCUGGAUCAGAUCAGUUAAACUCUGAUGUAAACAGGACCUGAGCUUUUAUUUUGGACUUCAGAGCUCCUUCAGCUUCCUCUCUGUUGGACGUCACUUCCUGUCUGAUCGUCAAAAUAAGACUCUGAUAAAUGAAACUUUACUGUGGAAGUUCGUCAUUUUCCGACAUGAUCUUUAGAUUCAUGAAAUGUUGUUUCUACAGCACGUGCUGUUUUUACCUUUUCUCCUGCUGAUGUGAAUCACGUGACCUCAGGUGUUCCUCCUCUCUGACAGGAAGUCACCGCUGCACUCUGAGGUCACUGAGCUCUUAUUCUGAAAGGUUAGAGGACUUUUAUUGUGACAGGAGCGGUGCCUCAGUGUUUCCUGUUAACAUCAAAUCUGAUCAAUAUUAUUUAUUGAAAUCAAUAAUUGAUUUUCAGAUGAAGUGAAAAAUGUUUGAACUGAAUCAGUUUUACACAGAAAAGAUUCAGAUUCAGUCUCAAACAAAAAGAUAAAAAUACUCGAUUACUUCUGCUGCUCCACAGUUAACUUUGUAGAUUCCUCUGGGAUCAAUAAAGUUUUCUCUUUUUGAAAACAUCAUUAUUUGUUAUAAUUUAUGAACGAGAGGUUUAAAAUAAAUGCAGUAAAAACUGAGUAUUUCAACUUGAGUAAAAGUACUUAGUUACUUUCCACCACUCUGCUCCUGACAGGAAGUUACUGUGGAGUCUUCAUCAUCAGACUGAGCUGACAGUAAUCUCUGUUGGUGUGUAACUGAAGUAACUGAGUACAUUUACUCAGUAACUGUGAGCCUGUGUAGGAGUUACUGAGUAAAGUAUCUCCUGCUCAGACCACAGCUCCACCUCCUUCA